UGGUUUCUUACAUACUUAUUUGUAGAAUUUGGUUCUAUUUUAUAAAAGUUGUUUUGAAAAUUGCUAAAUUUUAUCAGAAACCAGAAAUAAAAAUGCCACUGUGCCUGUAAAAUAUAAUGGAAAGGUCAAAUGAUAACAAAGAUGUUAAAGUACAAAUUGAAUAUUGUGGUGCCUGUGAUUACAGCGGACAUUGCCUUGCUUUAGCAAACGCUAUUAAAAAAUGUACACCAAAUGCAGUCGUAUUAUGCAAGAGAGGACGCCAAGGUGCAUUCGAAAUUUUAAUAAAUGAUAAACUUAUUUAUUCAAAGUUACAAACAAUGGCAUUACCUGACUAUGAAGAAGUAGUAAGUGUUAUUUCAAAUGUUUCUAAAGGAGAUGAACCAAAAAUAAUAAAAGGACAACAACCAAUAAACUGUGCAAUAUCAUAACAUUUAUUUAAAUAACAUCAACAAACCAGUGUAAAAAAAGUAAAAUA